UCGACGCCAACUGUCCGCCGCGCAGGACGUGAUUUGUUUGCCGCGUCGCUGUUGAUGUGCGCGUUUUGAAAAUCGUAUUUUUCCUCGGUAUUUUUCUUCUUCUAAUAUUAAGUAGUAAAACAAUAAUAUAAUAUUGUGUUUCGGUGUUGUUGUCGUCGUCGGUGCGGUCGAAUAUGUGUGCGUGAACGUUUAGCCCGGCCAAAAACGAACAUACAACAACAAACAGAUUUUGAAAUUUCGGCCGAUCAACUACCGGUACACAAUGGACACUGCAGCGAUGGACAACCCGUCGUAUUUCGCGGUGGCGCAAGGGCUGCAGAGGAGGAUCCUGCCUUUGGCCGACCGGCAGAGAAUAGCCAGGAACAAAAGCCUGGAGACCUCGUCGAUGGGCAGGACCAGGAACGUUGACACCGGCAACAAGUGCCUAACGAGGACUUUGAGCGCCAACAUCGAAGAUGCCAGGUUACUUGUUAUGGGCCAGCCGAGACCGUCGGACGUAGCGCCGUCAGUGAAACACAGAAGACACGCCAGCACGGGUCACAAGGAUUCGCUUCAACAAGACUUGGUGCACUGUGAUUUGCAAAUCGACGGCGACGUGUUCUUCAGCAGCAGCGGAGACGUCCGGUAUAGCAAUCUCAAGGCACCGACCCGGGGCGGACGCAGACAUUCCAUCGGGUCCUUUGGCAACUAUUCCAACCGACGUCCGUUGACAGAGUGCACGACCAAGUCACCUCGGGCCAAGCUCUCGUCUGGCGGCGACCCCAAAGGCAUGAAGUCCGAUUGUUUGGACAUCGUGAUCGUAUCGAGCGGAGACAGCGAGGCCGCUAUGAUGUGGAUCAAUUUCCUGAUACAAUGCUUCCAGCAUUUCAAUCAAAAGGAAAACAAAUCACAGUACAGAAUUCAAAGAGUAAGACUGGAAGACGUUUUGUCCGGUGUAAUGUCGGCACCUCGUCAGGAAAGAUGCAGUCAAGCUAGACUCCAAAUAGUGUUGGUUUGCCCGAUAUUCCUGGAGAGAAUACUUUCGCAUUCAAACCGUUCAGAAUCUUUUGCCGCUUUGCUGCAAACCAACCGUAUGUUGGCCCUAUUGGUCGGUGUCACCGAAAACGACAUAACCGAACAGCACAAGACCGUGCUGGUCGAUUAUGAUAAAUGGAGGAGAAUGGCCGUAAAGGAUCAAGACAGGGAGUCGGUUGGCGAUUUCUACGGUGUGUCCAUGGACAUUCUCAGCAAGUCCAUGCACGCUCGGCACUCGACAAGCGUGUCCGAAGAAGAUGCGAAAUUCUCGAUCACACCGAAAAAAAUCAAAAUCGGCCAAAACAAACUCAUAGUUUUGCUGUCCGAACCUUUGAACCCGGAAGACAAUAUCGUUAUCAGUGUGGACAAAAACGGACACAAAAUGGAAAUGACAAACGUGACCAGAAGAAAUCCGUACACUUUGCAAUUUAAAAUGCCACUGAGCUGUUUGCAAGUUUCCGUGCUGGUCAACGUUAUUGUCGAGAAAAACGGUCAAUCGUUGGGUCAAAGGUCAGUGAAAUGUGAAAGCCGCAUGAGAGAAUUGGAUCAGCUGUUGCGUUCGUUAGAUAACCCGAUGAGCUUUUUGUGCCAGACUUUCGGAUUGAAUCCGGCGGACAGGGAACAAUUGGACUUGUUUUUGGUCACUUCUUACGUGAAAAACGUACCUCCCAACUUCCAUCUCCUUCAGCCGGCCGGAUCCAGGUACCAGUACUGUCACGAGGAGUAUCCCACCAUGUUGCAUUUCGCCGCCAAGUUCGGGUUGGAGAAACUGUCGUGGCACCUGCUGGAAAGUCCCGGCGGCGAACAGGCUUGCCAACUGCGCAACGCCAACCAAAUGACUCCGGCCGACGUGGCCGAAGCCGCCAACCACCAGAAGCUCGCCCAAGCCCUCAAGGGCUACAUGCAAAUGACCGAGCUGACCAGCAUGUACAGCAUCUUGAAGGGCAUAUCCGACGGACAUCCAACCAAAGACGAUCCGGACGGCAAUUAUCUGCUGCCACGGCCGUUGGACGACAGUUACUUAGUGCCGCCGGCGCCCAGACCGGUCGAACCGCAGGGCAGCCAACAUUUUUACACCAACGUCGGGUCGCCCCUGAACAACUCCAACUCCAACGCCGCCGCCAUGUUCAACUACCAGAUUCCACCGCCGCCGCAGUCGAUAUUCUCUACCAACUAUCAAGUGCCCACCAACGGCCGACCUUACAGCCCGGCGGGUACGCGGUCGUCCACGCCACCGAUGCCUUCCUCGCCCGUCGACACAGCUUCGCCUUGUGGAUACUUGGACAUGGGCACAACAUUGGGAUCGGCCAAUCACUUGCGGGCAAACCUUUCCCUCGGCGACAGCAUCAACAACAAAUCGGCGCAUAGAUCCAACGACUUUUCCACCAACAGUUCACGAGGUAGUAACCAUACUCUGUCUACGCCUCAGGAUGAGCUGUUGGAGAUCAUCCACGACUUUAAAAACAACGUUUUGACCAUUAACGAAGUGGAAAACUUAGUGGAAACCUGGAAAAACCGUCACGACGUGCAACAAUCGUUCAAAGAAAAACAGGAACAACUCAAUCAAAUGCGGGCGGAAUACGACCGGAUUCAGCAACGAAUGAAAGAUCAGUUGAAACGUCCCACUCCUUUUGAACGCAUAAAAAAAUUCUUUGGCAAAGGAAAAUCUAAUAAACAAUCUGACGGUUCUUCGGACAAUAUCAUCAAACGAAACGGUUCUGAGCACCCGUCGAAACGACCUACCAGCAGUCUGAGCCUUCAGAGUUCUAGCAGUUCCAACUCGUGUGGGAGAUCCAGCACAGUUAGCGUUAGCAGCGUCAACGACAACAACAUCUAUCAUCAAGACCAUGUUGACGACGGCAAGCUGCAGAAAUCGUCGUUCUCGUCGUACUUCGACCAACCGCACUCGUUCUCCACGUUCUUGCAGAACAAGAGCGUGGACUUUUCCGGCCACGACUACGGCAACGUGAUGUACUCUCCCGUGGGAUCGACCACGGCCGAGACCAUCAUGGAAGAGUCCGAGUGCUGCCCGUCCAGGACCACCACGGCCACAGCCUCGCAGGCCCUGGGCGCUUCGGCCGUCCGGUGCAUGACCGGCAUCGCGUGCACCCUGCAGCUGACCCGUGGCGGUACUUCCGCCGCCGAACCGGAACCGGAAGUACUUGCUGUCCGGCACGAAGAAGGAGACGACCGAGACCAAGUGCACCGCUUCGAAGACGUCGAACAGAAGGUCCAACACAUAUUGGACAACAUGCCGGAUUACACCAACGUGACCGUGGCCGAUUGCAAGUACACCACUUCGGUACAGAUAUAAUAUACAGAGUGUGCCAAAAAAGAACUGGUGGGGGGUUUCAAACGGCUGUAGGUUGUCAAGUAUUCCAGCCCUACAGCGCGCUCUGGUAGGGCUUGAACGAAAGUUGUCGAGUUUCCAAUGACUGCCGCUAGAUGUCGCCUCUGCGCGUUCCCGCUUGAAACCCCGCCGUUCUGUUUGAGACACCCUGUAUACUUGGGGGGGGGGGGGCUGCAAACAUAAAAAUCCACUCAAACCCACAAGACGUGACACGUGACUUGCUUCUGACCCUGUUCAGUGAAAAUGUAUUUAUUUUUUCUUCAAAUUUUCAUCAUUGUGUAUAUAGUUUUCAUGCUGCUAUUCGUUUAACAGUUUUUUUUGUGUAAUUUGAUUUCUUCGAACAAACCUAUUCACGAGAUUACACUAUUACCCGCAUAUUUAUAGAUUUUUUUUAUCUGUAUAGAAUAUUUAAAUUUAUUGUCUAAGACGUACCGGUAUAUAUAUAUAUAUAUAUAGCCGACUGACGAUAAUAAUAAUGUAUAACCACCACUGUGUAUUGCUGUAUCCGCGAGUACGUUCCUAUUGUAAUGAUAAUAAUAUAGAUUAUCAUCAUAUAAAGGAAGAAUAAAAACAUUAUAAUAUGUGACUAACACCUACGAUCAUUCCUAAUUAGCGAUAUUCGAGUCCGACAUGUCGAGGCCUUAGUCAAAUUAUUUAUUUUAUAUUAUAUUGUUAAUUAACAGCGUUCUCGUUUGAACGUAAUAGAUAUUUAUAAGCAUAUACAUUUAAACGUGGAUAUUAUUGUUUGUUUGUUUUAUUUUUUUUUCCAUCA